GCCACACCCUGCAUCUUCUGGAGGUGAUUAGGUGAAGUUGUGAUUCUGAACACGAAGCUUUAGAAGCCCAUUCUCCCUCUGCUACACCCCUCUUUCCCUCUUCUCAUCUUAGACCUUUCUUUGUCAGUCAUUAAAAGUCAGAUAAACAUUGCCGAAAGACGGAGUUAUGAAAGGAGAGACGCUUGUUGAGUCAAGACUCUGGGAGAGGAUUCGUCCUAAACUUUAUUUACCUGAUGACGCAGACGAAUACACAACAUCUUCACGGAGCUUAGCCAAUUUAUCACAAAGUGCUUUCAUAAAGUCAUGUUCAAAGAGAGAGAAACCUUUGAAAAUGGGUUACAUGGUUGACGUGUGCAGGAAUGGUUCUGUAACUCCUUGUGCUUUGAUGCUCGGGUUGAUUUAUUUGCAACGCUUGUCAAAGUGUAAUCGCGAAUACUUGUCUCGUGUCCCUUCCACUGAUUUGUUCUUGACAUUAAUGGUUGUAACAUCAAAGUAUUUACAGGAUGAAGGUGAAUUGGAAGCACUGGUUAACUCCGAAUGGGCUGAUAUUGGUAAGCGUUCAAAAUCAAGGGUUGAUUCAUUGGAGCAUGAUUUCCUUCAAGCAAUUGAUUGGAAACUCUUCGUGUCACAGAAAGAGUACAGGGACUUUGUGAUGUCUGUGGAAGCAGAGAUAUCAUGCACUGAAGCACAGUCACGUGGGUGGUGGUCUUAUACAGAUUUAGCUUCACUUUGGAAUGCUUCAGACACUAAAGGAAUACUAUCAACCAUUAUCAAACAGUGCACUAAAACAAUGGGGACAAGUUUAGCCAUCUAUUUGGUUGCUGUUACUGCUCUGCUUUCUUCUUGCCCCUCGUGGAAUGAAGCAUGUAGUAACAACACUCCUAAUAAGACAGUUGGUCUUGAUAGUGGGUCUGAUGUAUCUCUAAUUGAUGACCACUCUGCAUCCCAUUCCCAUUGGGUCUGUCCUCCUGUUGUUAAUGUGACAGAUCCUGCUGUGCUGGACUUGGGAUUAAUGAGCAGUGAAGAAAGAGUAAAAUCCCUUGUUGAUUUAUGCUGUUUUGGGGAACAGAAUCAAAGUGUCAUGACUAAUCGUGUUAUUCCAUCCUUUUACACAUCGGUUAUUAACAGUACUGCUAAACCAGGUAACUUGAUUAUUGGGAAUUUUGAUGGAGGAGGAAAGCCUGGUUUUGUGUUUAAACAUUGUCAUCAUUGAUUUAUUUUAAAAAGUUAUUUUGAUAUUGAGAAAAUAUUGUUAGUCAAUA